ACCUAUAUGACGCUAAAGGAUGAGAAUGCGUUGGAUAUUGUGAUGUAACAUGAUUUAUAUUAUUGUGUGGUGUAGUUGGUGAUGCUAGAAUUAUUAAGGUAGGCUACAGAUAUCAGUUUCCAGAGUUAAAUCAUAAUGAGUUCAUCUUUGUUGUCUAAACAGUGUAGUCAUGAAAAAAAAAACACUGAAAUGAACAAGUUACAGUAAGUCGCACCCUGCAGAAAAACCUGUUUCUUUGGUAUGUUACCAGGAAGAUAUAUAAAGCCUUCAGUUGGUCAGAACUCGACUGUUGAGCGGCAGUGUGUAUCGUCUCUCUGUCUGUGUGUUCAUAUACAGUGAAAUGGCAGAAGCCAGUUUCUCAUGGGCUGAGGACCAGUUCACCUGUCCAGUGUGUCUGGAUCUCCUGAAGGAUCCAGUGACGAUUGCCUGUGGACACAGUUACUGUAAGGAAUGCAUCUCAGAUUGCUGGAAUCAGGAGGAUCAGAAGGGGAUCUACAGUUGCCCUCAGUGCAGAAAAACCUUCAUACGAAGACCAGUUUUAAGUAAGAAUGUGGUGUUUGCUGGGAUGGUGGAGAAACUCAAGGCGGUGAGACACCAAUCUGCUCCUCCUCCUCCUGUUUCUGCUCCUCGUCAUCAUCCUCACACUGGAUCUGGAGAUGUGCAGUGCGACUCCUGCACUGGAAGAAAACAGAAAGCAGUGAAGUCGUGUCUGGAGUGUCGAAGCUCUUACUGUCAAAUUCACCUUGAACAGCAUGAGAGUCUCUUCAGAAGUAAAGGACACAAUCUGAUGGACGCCACUGGACGACUGCAGGAGAUGAUCUGCCCUCGACAUGGUAAAAUACUGGAGAUUUACUGCCGUACCGACCAGCGAUGUAUCUGUUUGCUGUGUUUGGUGGAUGAACACAGAAAUCAUGACACUGUAUCAAUUGAAGUGGCAAGAACAGAGAAACAGAAACAUUUUGAAGAAACUGAGAGAAACAUCCAGAAAACAAUCCAGCAGAGAAAGAAAGAUCUAAAGCAGAUGAGAGAUGCUGUAGAGUCUCAUAAGCGCUCUGCACAAACGGCAGAUGAGGCCAAUGAGAAGAUCUUCACUGAGCUAAUCCGCUCCUUUCAGAAACAUCGCACUGAGGUGAAGCAGCUGAUCAGAGAUCAGGAACGUGUCGCGGUGAACCAAGCUGAAGAACGACUGGCACGACAGGAGCUGGAGCUUGAUGAUCUGAGGUGGAAAGAGACUGAACUGAAACAGUUUUUAAACACAGAUGAUCAUAUUCAUUUUCUUCAGAAUUGUCCGUCUGUCUCUCUCUCUGGAUCUACGGAUGAAUUCACUGUCAGUUCUCGCCCCAAUUUUGAUGAAGUGGUAAAAUCUGUCUCUCAACUCAGAGACAAACUCCAGCAGUUCUGCACAGAUGAAAUAGAAAGGUUAUCUAAAACGGUGAAAACCGUCCAGGUCAUUGUCCCAAGUCUUCAGUUUACGACUAGGAAGGAGUUCCUACAAUAUUCUCGUCUGUUGACUCUGGAUCUGAACUCAGUGAAUUAUUGGCUUCGUCUAUUUGAGGGAAACACAGUGAUCACUUACUCUGACACACGUCAGCCGUAUCCUGAUCAUCCAGACAGAUUUGAUUGUUGGACCGAGACGAUGUGUGUGGAGAGUGUGACUGGACGCUGUUACUGGGAGGUGGAGUGGGCUGGAGAUGGGAAAUCAGGAGUGGAUAUAGGAGUGACAUAUAGGAGCAUCAGCAGGAAGGGAGAUGGUGUUGAAAGUGUGGUUGGACGAAACAAUCAGUCGUGGUGUUUGUUCUGCUCCCCAGACUACUGUUCAUUCUGGCACAAUAACAUUGAGACGGUUCUUCCUGUAGUCAAUGUCUCUAGUAGAAUAGGAGUGUAUGUGGAUCACAGCGCAGGGAUUUUGUCCUUCUACAGCGUCUCGGACACAAUGAGUCUCAUCCAUAGAGUCCAGGCCACAUUCACUCAGCCACUCUAUGCUGUGUUUGGAUUAGACAGACAGACAGCGGUGAGACUGUCUAACCGAGUAAAUAAUUCAGAUAUUCUACAUAUUCUUAAUCCAGAUCUUCUAGGGGCUUUGUUACUUCGCAGAAUGAUGAUGUCAUGAGCCAUGUUUUCUAGUAAGAAAUACCCCUACUGAACGAGCUAGUUUUUUUAAGGGUUUUCAAACUUGAUGUAUUCUAUCAAAAGUGUAUUAUUUUCCUCUAUUUUCAUAAAAUACAAGUCUGUCAAUUCUCUUUGGCUGACUCAGUUGUUUGUUUAAAAUAAAUGAGUUCUGUAUUUCUGAAACAUUGUGUGCAUAUUUUUCUCUGACCACAGUUAAAGACAUCUUUAACUUCUCAACCAACAGGAUUUAUUGGUUUCUGAAAGCUCAAUGCUUCUGCUACUUCUAGAGAACACGUUUUAGAUGUUUCUGUCUGUUUUAGUGCACUAAGCUCUGUUGAAAAAAUAUACUUUUGCAUAUGUGUUCACAUUUAAAAUAGAUUCCUCUGAUAAGAUAUAUUGUUA